AACAGGGAAGGUCGUUUCCCGUUAUUCAGAUGAAUUUCGUUCUCCUGAAAAUAUUGUAGAUAGUUGGAGGAUUAAAAUUAAUUGUCCAAAUCCUGUGAAACGGGCUUUAAACUUCGGUUAACUCAAGUUGUGUAACCGGGCCGCAGUUUUACUGAACGUUUAACCUGGUUUCCCUGGUUUAACCCGUGGGAUGGACGAAUUUCGAGUACAAAACAGUGAACUUCGUGAAGCUCUAGAGUGUGGAACAAACUUUUUUGAAUCUUUUCUUGCACAGAGAUUUAAUAACUUGUCGAGCAGUUGGUCCAAGAGGGGUAUCACGUCACAAAAUCUUGACGAUACAUUCAUAACGUUGAAUGGCACGACUCUUCAUUUACAAAGUAUAAGAUUAAUUAAACAGCCAGAAUUUAAUCUUACUUAUGUAAAAGCAAAUUUAGAACUACUUUGUUUGGAAAUUGUUUUUAACAUUGGGGAAUUAAAAAUUGAUGGAGAAUUUACCGUAACAAGUAACGAUUUAACCGAAGUACUUCCAGUAUUAACAUCAGGGACUUUCAACCUCACCUCAAGCAGUGGAAUUGCCAAGGGGUUAAUUGGUAUAUAUCCUGUUGAGGACAGCUUCCUCACAGAUAAUUAUAAACUUGAAUAUAUACAUGAUGACAUACAGUUUUUAAUCGAUACACGACAACUCUCUGAAACGAAUAAACAGCUGCAGUUUGAUCGCAUUGAUGAUACAGUGGCACAAUAUUUCCACACGGAUCUUGCAAUGACUUUAACCAAAACUCUCAAGCAGCAACUCAAUGAAGCGAUCGUUGAAUUAUCAGUUUGUGAACUGUUACAAGGUGAAGAACAUCUGGUGACACAAUUGAAAUCUCACAAAAAUGCAAUAAGUACUCUGGCAAAUAAUAUUUUUGAUAAGAUACUUUUAAGUGCCAAUAAACACAUAAAGAAAUCAAAUGCUCAAGUUCCUGUGUCAGAUAUCGAUGCUCCCUUUCCAACGAAUGAUUCUUUGACUGGCAGGCUUGAAGCUAAAAAAGGAUGGAUAAAAGGGCUAGACAGUAUGCAAAGAAAAGGGGAUGUGACUGUCUCCUUGGAGAGAAAUAGUUUUGUAAUAUUUGGUGCUGUAGGCUUAAAUGAAUUAAUGAUGGGUUUUGAUGAAUAUUGUGUCACAAUUUUGGGCAUAAAAACAGCAGGUUUGGUUCAAAUAAAAAUUGGCAGAAAUGAAGCCAGUUUUAAAUUUGUUAUCAGUAAACAUGGAAAGAAUAUCAAGACUCAUUUGGAUGAUUUUAAAAUUACCGAACUCAGUGACAUCAAGUCAAAAGUCACUGGAUUCAGUGUCAUGAAUUGUCUGGCAUCUAAAAUCACAACAUGGGUUGCGGGAGGGGUGAAAUCGAAAGUGAUACCUGUUAUUGAAAAUAACAUUAAGAAAAACGUGAACGGCGUCUUAAAAGAUGUCGACGUAUUGUUAAAGAAAUGAUUGUCAUUGCGAUUAUUAUCCUAUUAAUCAACUUGGAAUAAGGAAAAUGUAUUACAAAACUCGUCAUUGUGCUCGAUGCAUUAACAAUAAUAUAGACUUCGUUUGUAAGAGAA